GAUGAUGAUGGUAAUGGUAAUGAUAAGAUAAAAGACCAACAAUUAAUUAUGAGCGUCCUAAUGCUUUAACCUAAACUACAAACAGCUACCUAGCUUCCAUGGAUCUAGAAAUAGGGUUACCAGAGAUUCUCAUUGGAGGGGUGCUACUACUAAUAAUUUGCUUUCUCGGGGCGGUUGGCCGGCCAGUCUUCGGCAUGUGGCCAAACCUUCUUCGAAACAUUCCCCGCCUACAUGACUUUGCAACUGAGUUUCUAAGACAACGCGAUCUCACCAUUGAGUUCAAAGGCCCCUGGUUUGCUAAUUUAGAUUUCAUUAUCACUUGUGAUCCUCGAAAUAUUCAGCAUAUCCUAAUCACAAACUUCGCCAAUUAUCCAAAGGGGCCACAAUUUAAGGAGGCUUUUGAAGCUCUAGGCGAUGGGAUUUUGAAUGUCGACUCGGAUUUAUGGAGACUUCAAAGAAAGAUGUUUCAGUUGUGGAGCAGACAACAUAAAAAAUUUGACUCUUUUGUUGCAAGAACAAUUCAACAAAAGGUGGUAAACGAUCUGAUCCCGUUUCUUGAUCAAGUCUCCAACACAAGAACUCAGAUUGACUUACAAGAAGCAUUCCAAUCCAUGGUCACCUUUGAAAGUGCAAUCUUGCUGAUUUUCGGCCUUGAUCCGGAUAAUUAUUCCUUUACAUUCUCCAAAUUGGAAUACAGAAAGGCAAUCGACGACAUUCAAGAGGCUACACUUCGUCGACACUUUCUACCAGAAGUUUGGUGGAAAUUGGAGAGGUGGCUUCAAGUUGGGCAUGAGAGAAAGCUAACAAAAGCAAGAAGAGUCUUCGAUGAAUUCAUGUAUCAAUGCAUCCAAAUAAAACGGAAGGAGUUAUAUCAAAGUUGUAAAAGCCAAAAUAAAGAACAAGUUGCCAACUCUAAUGACUUGAUGACACUUUAUAUGGAAGAAAAAGAAACACCCUACUCCGACCAAUUUUUAAAGGAUGUGGCUUUGAAUUUUGUAGCAGCGGCAAGGGAUACCUUAACAGCGGGUCUUAGUUGGUUUUUCUAUCUUGUAGCUACUCACCCAACUAUAGAAGCCAAAAUUCUAGAAGAAAUGAAGGAAAAUCUUCCUACCGUUAAUGAGGAUAAUAACCAUAACAAGUAUCAGUUUUUUGAUGCAGAGGAGCUAAGUAAGUUGGUUUAUUUACAGGCAGUAUUGUAUGAGACACUGAGACUAUACCCCUCGGUGCCCUUGAAUCACAAAACUGUUGCUGAACCAGACAUUCUACCUAGUGGUCACCGGGCAGAACGAAAGACAAGAAUUUUUCUGUCGUAUUAUGCUAUGGGAAGGAUGGAAAAAAUAUGGGGUCCGGACUGUCUAGAGUUCAAGCCCGAGAGAUGGAUUUCAGAGCAAGGUGGAUUUGUGUAUGUACCAUCUCACAAAUACACUGUGUUUAAUGCUGGACCUAGGUCAUGUUUGGGUAAAGACAUGGCUUUGCUCCAAAUGAAAGUACUUGCAACCACCAUCCUUAGCAAUUUCAGACUUCAAGUGGUGGAAGGGCAUCCUGUCUCUCCAAAUAUUACUGUCACUCUUAACAUGAAACAUGGUCUUAAAGUUUGGGUUUCGAGAAGAUGUGCCUGAAAAUUCAGUUCAUUAUUGUACCAAACACAAAAUUAAGGAAUAGGAAUAAUAACAAAAAAUUCCCAUUGGUAUC